CAAUCAAUACAGUUCUUUUGAUAUCAUCCUUGGGUUCUAACAGCACCGGUGAUUCGAGAAAUGGAACUUAUUCAAUCACAUCAACGGACGUUUAUUCCAUAGAGUUGAUGGCAUGAUAGCUCAAGAAAAUGGCCAAGAGAAGUUUACAGUGAUUUUUACACUAGAUCCAGGAUUAGCUACAAAUCGUCAUCUUGAAUUGCUUAGAGGUGUUCUUCGAAAUGAUGAAGAAUAUGAUAAACUUGAGGACUACAUUAGCAAAAUUGGUGAAUUCCUCUCUCAAAACAAUCGUUAUGCACAGCUGUUAUAUACCGCUAGAAAAUGGGUCGACAGGAAAUUACAGAGAUGGGAUUGGCAAGAGAUGAGACCAUUGUUGAAUUUACCAAUAUUGAACCAACGGCACGAAAAAAUGCAGAACAUUGUCCUUCUUUAUUACCAGAGGCUAAUGUGUUUGCCGUGGUGCGCAGAAGCAAUAACAGCAGUACAGACUUCAAUUUCAGUGUAAGGGAAAGGUCUACAGGUCGCUUUACUUUUAUGAAUACUCUGUGCAAGAGUGAUUUUUGAUCUUUGAGAUGUCCUCUUUCAAUUCAUAAAGUGCUAGAUGGAUCUUUUUCAUACUAACAGGACUCAGAUUAGUAUCAUUCUAACAGGUCCACACCAUACACACAUUUGCAACUACACAUACGAAAUCUCACGCUACAGUUUUACAAAACUUUUUUAAGCGUU